CACAGCGUAAACAUUACAAGCAUCGCAUCGCUGCCCAAUCUGUCACAGGCUGCGUUCGUGCUGAUCGUACCUUUUCCAGCUGCGGAGAAUUGUCAGAUCAUCUGCAUUUGGACUGGUUUUAAGGCGGUGAAGGGCUGUCGACAUGACUUUAAACCAGAACCACUCGGAAUCUGGUGGUGUAAUCAUCAACAAUAGCGAAAGUGUGUUGAUGAACCAUGACAACGUGGAGCUGGCCUUCUCUGAUGCCGACAGUUUGCCCGAAGCCUUCAAAAAAAGCAAGAAAGGCAGCAUCUACCUGACCCCGUACAGGGUGAUCUUUGUGGCUAAAGGCAAAGAUGCACUGCGCUCCUUCAUGAUGCCCUUCUAUCUGAUGAAGGGCUGUGAGAUUAAACAGCCCGUCCUGGGAGCCAAUUACAUUAAAGGCACUGUUAGUGCCGAGCCUGGAGGUGGAUGGGAGGGCAGUGCUACGUUCAAGAUGGUGUUUCUGGCUGGAGGGGCCAUAGAGUUUGGACAGUACAUGUUGCAGGUGGCCGCUCAAGCCUCUAUAGGUCAGCCUGUGACUGCUGGCUUUGGCGGCUGUCCCUACAUGGCUAACGGGGCAUACGCAUACCCCCCACCUCCGACCAAUGCCAUGUAUGCUGCAGCCGGAGCACCCCCGGGAUACGCCUACCCCAACACACCCCAAGCUGGAGGUUUCUACCCCAGUCCACCUGCGUUUGAUGGAGCUGCUGGCUACAUGCCCCCUCCCCCUCCAUACUCUGCUCCUCUGGGUCAGCAGCCCCCCCACAACCCAGACCUGCCCAUGUCCGCCGCAGCAGAGGCCAAAGCUGCAGAGGCUGCAGCUAGUGCCACCUACACUCUGCCCCCCACACAUGUGUACCUGCCAGAGGACAAACCACCUCCUUAUUCUCCCCCAGAAGACAAGAAGAACCAGUAAAUUUGCUCUUCCCUUCAUCUCUUCUAGACUGAAGCAUUCCUAAUUAGUUUUUCUAUAAUUUAUCACCACCCGAGAUAAGUAUUUUGAUUUGGAAUUUUUUUUUUCUUUUUUUUUUUUUCUUUUCUAUUUUAAUUCCAUUCUUAUUUCAACGUAACCAAACGCUAUUCUUGCUUCCUUACAACCACAACUUAUAAAAAUGUGAACUUUGGUAGCUAAAAAAUGAAGCAUUGUUAGCCAAAGUAACUAAAAACUCAAUAGUGUGGCUUGGACGGAAACGAGCUCACAUGCUAGCUUUAGCUCUGCUUGGAAACUGCAAAAUUUUCUAAACUUGGUUAUGCUAACGCUGGCUAAAAGCAGUAUUUUAUUUUGUAUUAUUUGUGUAUAGGCUACGCACUUGAAGAUAUGCUAUAUUUUGGAGAAUUUUGAAGUACAAUUUUGUAAAGAAACGUUUGUAAGAUUAGUUAAGAGUAUUUUGCCCUAAUAAAGAUUGAAAAGGAGGGAAUGAUGCUAGCACGGAUUAGCUUUGUAACAUAAUGUCAUUUUUUUUUCAGCUUUUGCAUCAGUUAGAGUCUUCUAGAAAUCACACAGUCAAACUAAAUAAACUUUUUUUUUUUUCAAAAUCACCCAAUUUUGUUGUUGGUCUACUGUGAAAUCUCAAUCUAUGGCUAAUUCUCAGCAGUUGCUAUGCAUUGGAAUUGCUCUGUUAUGGCUCUGUGUAAAAUAAUAAUAACUAAUGUAUUUUUUAUUUAUUUGAAAAGUCUAUACAAUUAUUAGCAUGGUUAUUAAACUACUGUGAUGUACUGUAUGUGUGCAAUGGAUUUUAAUAAACAGCCUAACUUCA